UGUAUGGGUAGUUUUAAGUUAUUUGUAAAAAUAGGUGGAGGGUAGAUCUUUCAUCGAUCUUGUCGAAUUAAAUGGUUUUUGGUACGGUCGUGUUUCGCUGUUACUCCUGAAAUCCUGAACCUUACAGGGAUUCCCACAUCCUAGAUACGGACUUUUCAGUGGCGACGAUAAAGGAACUUACUCGCGAGUGUAAAGUAUUGUGGCGUAUAGCAAUAAAUCAGUGCUUGUUAAUAAUGACGACGGCGGUCGGCAAGAUCGGGCCGUUCGACUUGGAAAAGGACAGUUGGGAUUAUUACAUAGAUCGCUUGGAGCAAUCUUUUAUUGCAAAUGCAGUCGAAGAUAAUAAGAAAGUGGCGAUCUUGAUAACAGUGAUUGGCGGCGACGCGUAUGCUUUGAUGGCAAAUUUGUGUAUGCCGGUGAAACCAUCUACAAAGACUUUUAAAGACUUGGUGAAAAUUAUGACGGACCAUUUGCAGCCUAAACCUAGUUUAUUGGCAGAACGAUUUAAAUUUAGGCGACGGAUACAAAGUAGUGAUGAAAGUGUUGGUGAAUACGCGGCCGCGCUAAAAAAAUUGUCAAAGGAUUGUAAAUUCGUGGGCGAAAAUUUACAAGAAAACUUACGAGAUCAGUUCGUAUGUGGGUUAGCGCGAGACAGUAUACGGCAGCGGUUAUUUGCAGAAGAUGACAUUAAAUUCGACAAAGCAUUUAAUCUCGCAGUGACGUUGGAGAUGGCGGAAGCAGACGCAGCGCUGGUGGAGCAACGGAGCAACAGUCGGCGGGAGGGUUCCGGAGAAAAUACAGCGCCAGUACAUCAAAUAAGAAAUGCGGGGCGAGGGCGGGCCCAUGGGCGCGCGCCGAACGAUAGUACUUCGCGUAACUCGACGCACGGGGGCGCGGCUGGUCGCGGCGGCGGCGGCGGCGGUUCGAGCGGCAAACUACACGGCGGAGGCUGGCGGAUUAGAAACUCGGUUAUAGGCACUGAGAGCGCAAAAGAGUGUUGCCGGGUUUGCGGAAGUCAGCACGCGACAGAAAGUUGCAAGUUUAAAAUGUAUGUUUGUCGAGUCUGCAAUAAAGAAGGUCAUUUGAAACGCGUAUGCCCUAAUGUGAAAAGCAGCUCAGCAGGAGUACACCAUCUGGGCUCCAAGGACUUCCACAUGAACUCUUCCAGCGAUAGUGACGAGGUAAAUAAUUAUUCUAUGGACGCACAGCGUUUAAAAAAAUAUAAACCGUACUUUAUAAAGGUUUGUGUGAAUAGCAAGUCUUUAUUGAUGGAAAUUGAUACAGGUAGUGCGGUGACUUGUAUAAGUUUGGAGUAUUAUAAGAAAGUAUUUAGUAAUGUACCAAUGGAAAACAGUGAUUUAAAUUUAAUAUACUAUUCAGGCGAAGUAGUCACGCCGGAGGGUAAAAUUACACCUCUUGUCACUUAUGAGAAUAUAAGUAAAUACUUAGAGUUAUAUAUUGUACGCGGUGGUAAAACAAGUUUGUUGGGACGGCAAUGGUUAGUGGAACUAGGUAUUUUACCUCCUUUCAUACUGGUGCAUUGUAAUAAUAUUAAAUGCGAGCCAUUUAAUUUUGAUGUGUUCAGUUCUAGUUACCGAGACGUGUUCGGCGAUGGCCUGGGUCGGUUCACGGGCGGCACGGUGGGGUUCCGGCUGCGGCCGGACGCGCGGCCGGUAUUUCUGCGCGCGCGCCCCCUGGCGUACGCUCUGCGCGAGCCAGUGGAGCGCGCGCUGGAACAGCUGGUGCGCGACGGAGUACUCGAGCCCGUGCAAACAUCGGAGUGGGCUACGCCGAUCGUGCCGGUUAUGAAGAAGGACGGUACCAUUCGGGUAUGCGGUGAUUUUAAACUUACUUUAAAUAAAGGUCUCGAGGUCGAUCGUUUUCCAUUGCCCCGAGUGGACGACUUGCUCACUAAAUUACACGGAGGACAAAAAUUUACCAAAUUAGACUUGUCACAAGCGUAUGCCCAAUUUGAACUGGAUGAGGAAUCAAAAAAAUAUGCUGUGAUUAAUACACACAAGGGACUAUUCCGGUAUAAUAGGUUAAUUUACGGUCUAGCUUCUAGCCCAGGUAUUUUUCAGCGUAAACUUGAACAGCUGUUUGCCGACAUGCCGCGGGUCGGGGUAUUUUUAGAUGAUGUCAUUAUUACCGGGGUUAAUGACCAAGAACAUUUAACGACUCUGAUAGAAGUGUUUAAGCGACUGCAAAAAUAUGGCUUAAAAGUUAAAAAAAGUAAAUGUACAUUUUUUGCUGAUUCCGUCACGUAUCUAGGCUUCGUGAUAAGCAAGGAGGGCGUUCAUACGUGUCCGGAUAAACUGGAGGCUAUCGAAAAAGUGUCCGUGCCGCGUAAUACUACGGAGUUAAGAUCGUUUCUAGGACUAGUUAUGUAUUACGCGAAAUUUGUACCAAACAUUAGCUCAUUGCUGGCACCGUUAUACAAUCUUCUCAGAAAGGAUGUUAAAUAUUACUGGGACUCAUCGUGUGAGAAUGCGUUCAACCAGGUUAAAGGUAUGCUAAUGUCAAGUGAGGUACUGGCGCAUUAUUCACCAGAGCUGCAUCUAGUUUUGACCUGUGACGCUAGUAGUGUAGGCGUAGGAGCUGUAAUAUCACAUUUAAUACCAGAUGGUACCUCCGGUAACGGUACGGAGGGGGCACGGGAACGCCCGAUAGCUUAUGCGUCGCGCUCGCUUAACAAAGCGGAGCGCGGGUAUUCACAAAUAGAAAAGGAAGCGUUGGGUAUAAUUUUCGGAAUUAAGAAGUUCCAUCAAUACCUUUUUGGAAGGAAAUUUAUUUUAAGAACCGACCAUAAGCCGUUAGUAACCAUUUUCGGGGAUAAAGUUGGCAUUCCGGUAAUGGCGGCCAGUAGAAUGCAACGUUGGGCAGUGCUUCUAUCAGGUUAUGUCUACGAUAUUGAGUAUGUCCGCAGUGAAAAAAAUGCCGCCGAUGCCUUGUCUCGGUUGCCAACCGGUGAACAAGCAAGAGAUAAGAAGGAAGUUACAUACAUUAAUUUUAUUCAAAACUUCCUUCCUAUAACUAGGAAAAUAGUUAAAGAAAAUACGUUCAAGGACGUUACGCUGCAAAAAGUAGUACUGUAUUUACAAUCGGGAUGGCCAAAUCAGUAUAGUCACGACGAUUCUUUAAAACCGUACACCUCCCGUAAAACCGAGUUAUAUCUGGAUAGAGGGUGUGUAGUCUGGGGUUAUCGGUUAGUGAUACCUAAAGCAUUACAAGAUGCAAUUUUGUGUGAAUUACAUACUGGUCAUAUGGGAAUAGUGAAGAUGAAAAGUAUUGCGCGCAGUUAUGUAUGGUGGCCGGGAAUCGACGCGGAUAUAGAACGUAUAUGUCAUGAGUGUGCUACAUGCGCAGCAGAGGGGAUGGCACCCCCGCGUACUGCCCCGCAGCCGUGGCCAUACAUACCCGAACCUUGGUCAAGGUUACAUUUAGAUUUUUUGGGUCCUCUGGGAGGGAAAAUGUUAUGUAUAGACAAUGAGGGUAGACUUUGA